GAAUCAGCUCUCGACAUUGCCAGUUCAUCUGUGCAGCCUACCCUUGAAAGUUUUGAUAGCAAGCAAUAAUAAACUGGUCUCCCUGCCUGAAGAAAUCGGACAGCUUAGACACCUGAUGGAGCUUGAUGUGAGUUGUAACGAAAUACAGACAGUUCCAUCACAGAUUGGCAAUCUGGAUUCUCUGCGGGACUUGAACCUCCGGAGAAAUCACUUGGUACAUUUACCUGAAGAGCUGGCUGAGCUGCCUUUGAUUCGCUUAGAUUUCUCCUGCAAUAAAAUCACAACAAUCCCAGUUUGUUACCGGAACCUCAGGCACUUACAGACAAUCACUCUAGAUAAUAACCCACUCCAGUCACCCCCUGCACAGAUAUGCAUAAAAGGAAAAGUCCACAUAUUUAAGUAUCUGAAUAUGGAAGCAUGCAAGGUAGCACCAGAUCUUCCAGAUUAUGACAGACGGCCAAUUGGCUUUGGGUCUUGCCAGGAGGAACUAUAUUCCAGCCGACCAUAUGGAGCACUGGAUUCUGGCUUCAAUAGUGUGGACAGCGGAGACAAAAGGUGGUCAGGAAAUGAACCAACAGAUGAAUUUUCAGAUCUUCCUUUACGGGUGGCAGAGAUUACAAAAGAACAGAGGCUGAGGAGAGAAAGUCAAUACCAGGAACACAGAGGGAACACAGUUGUAACUAAUGGUGGAGUGGAACAUGAUCUGGAUCAGAUCGACUUUAUUGACAGCUGUGUCACUGAAGAGGAGGAGGAAGAGGUGAGACAGCCCAAGUGCAUGGAAUCAGACAGCCUCAGCUCACAGUUCAUGGCAUACAUUGAACAGCGGAGGAUAUCUCAUGAGGGCUCCCCAGUGAAGCUGGUACCAAUCCGAGAAUGCCAUAGAUCAGAAGAUACAAGAAGAUACUUGCACCAUAACAAGGAUGUGGAUGAAUUAAAACGGCCUGAAAGUCUGAGCUUGACACAUGACAGAGAGCGGCAACAACUGUUAAAGAGCUACUUAGACCGGGCAGAGAGAGCCUCCAGUGAUUCUUCUUGCAUGCUGUUGCUGUCCACCAAUCACAAUCAGGCCUCUCACUCAGAUGCAGAUCUACACAAAAAGCGUGAGCAUUUAGUUGAGCGGACCCGGAGGGAAGCCCAGCUUGCCGCGCUACAGUAUGAGGAGGAGAAGAUGAGGACGAAACAAAUCCAAAGGGAAGCUGUGCUUGACUUUGUCAAACAAAAAGCAUCCCAGAGUCCUCAGAAGCAAAGCACUCUGGAUAGUGAGUGUCCUUUUCCAUCCAGAAGGUCUCAGCACACUGAUGAUAGUGCCUUGCUGGUGAAUGGCUUUGAGCCUGUCUUAGUGUUUGAGAAUGACAGUAACACCAACACCAUUAAAAGGAGGCCGGGGACACUCAACCAGAGUGAUGACAGAACCACCAUCUCACCAAAUUCGCCUGCUUCUCAGACAGUCCACCUUUCUGCUCCAUAUCCUGGCCCUCCUGCUGCUGCUACUCCUCCUGCCUACAGAAAUUCUCCUCAGCGUCCUGAGAGCUUCCUUUUUCGAAACGCUGCAAGGGAUGACACAACCAAAGCUGUUUCAUCAUCACCACCAGCUUCUGCAUCAUCACCAGCUUCCGCAACAACACCAGCAAUCAGCUCUGAAGACCAUUGUACAAACCAUAGUUCCAAGUUGCGGGAAGAAGAAGCUGAGCUGAUAGAGCAACUGCGGAAAAAUAUUGAGGCACGGUUGAAAGUGUCCUUACCCAGCGAUCUUGGAGCAGCACUGACUGAUGGCGUGGUGCUUUGCCAUUUAGCUAAUCAUGUUCGGCCUCGUUCUGUCCCUAGUAUUCAUGUUCCAUCACCAGCUGUUCCUAAAUUAACAAUGGCCAAGUGUAGACGCAACGUUGAAAAUUUCCUGGAAGCUUGCAGGAAGAUUGGUGUGCCUCAGGAGCGAUUAUGUUUGCCUCUGCAUAUUUUAGAAGAGAGAGGGUUGACGCGGGUGGCAGAGACUGUACAGGCACUUCUGGAACGGGCCCCUCCUAAACAGCACCAUCACUACCAACAACAGCAGCAGCAGCAGCAGCAGCAACACUUGGCUGCUGUGUAGAAAGAGCCCUGAGACCUUGUUGUUGCUUCUUUUUCCCCCCUUUGUCCAAGCCGAAGAACUCCUGGAUGUGACUGCUGGCGCAGCGUGUCCAGACGCAGGCAGCGUUAUGUUGGAAGAAGGAAAUCUGUGUCCGGGAUUCCUAAUGGGAAUAAUUUUGCUUCAUUUCUCCACUUUUUUUGGAGGCCACAAAAGUUUCCAUUGAACCUGUUUUCUUUCAUUGUUUUUUUUUUUUUUUAAAGCAUCUCUGUAAAGUGAUUUUUCCUAUGCGGUGCGAGUCGGUGAGAUAGAACCAGGACAGAAUUUCAUCUGCUGUUGGCUUUAUCUUUUUUUUAAAAUGUGACUGUAGCAAAAUUUGGGGCAUGUGGGAUAAACGAAGGAAGGUGACCUCUUAUCCCAGAAACAUUGAAAACUCAGAUCCCUAGGGUACCUAAUGCAUAUGGGAGGGACGUUAUUCUAGUGUUUUCCUUUAGCUCAACAUGGCUUGUACCCACAAUGUGUAUCUAACACAGGGUGAACAACUGUCCCGGGGGCUGCACACACCCCUCACUGGGCCUCGUAGGGCUGCACCCCCUUUACUCAUCUGCCAACCCCCAACACACACACACACACACUCUAGAGUGCAAUUUUGCCCUUUUUUGGAGAUGGGGAGGUCAGAGAUGUUGUUUGGGCCCAGGAGAGACCUUUAUAAAAGCAGGAAGUAAACUGGAAAUGAUUUCCUGCUUUAACAAAGGUCUUUCCUGGACCUAUAGAGAAGGGUGAGCAAGGCAGAAUUGCUCCCUACACCCGACAGGGGGGCAUUUGGUGUUAAAAAAGCAAACAUUUAUUCAAAAAAAGAUUAGGGGAGGCAUGCAACCUAAAGGCCAUCUUUUACCCAUUCCUUAUCUGGCAGAUGAGACCUACACAAACUCUUCUGCAGCCCUCCAUCAGUCCUUCUGAAGCAAACGACUUAGAUGGCUUUCUGUUUUCAGCUUCACUCUCACCAGAUAUUGUACAAAAAUCCCUUUUAACAGGAGGUCUUUCUCUGGCACUCUGAGGACACACAAGAAGCAUAUCAGGGUCCCUGAUUUGAAUUUGGCUUGUGUUGUCGAAUCAGUCUUUUACGGUAGAAAUAGCUGGACAGGGCAAUGGAUCGUUGAUGCUGAUGGAGGCUGCUUGACAUUGCAGAAAGACAGAUCUUUUUUAUUAGGUCUGAAAGAAUAAUUUCUAAGGGGAUUUUCCUCCUGCACAGCUUUUCCAUUUGCACUUGUCCAUUCCCACCCCAUUGACUUGGGCCCCUAACGAUUGUCUCCUUGGUGUGCUUUUAAAAAUGAAACUUUCCAAAGUAUGCAGAUGAGGCUGAAAAUGAUGUCAGGAGUUUCAAAAGUGAGGGUCUACUAGCAAGCACUUGAGUUGAGUUGGAAUGAGAGCUAGUGUUGAAUCUGGCAGUAGUUCCUUGGGUAUCCCUGUUUCACCCCAACUGCUGUGGCAAAGGCAGGCUUGAGCCAUUUCUGGAGUUAUCCUCCGGGAUAUUAUUGCUCUGGGAGGAAGUCCACAGCAUUUGGAGGUUCAAGAAUUGCGUCUUGUUUUUCCAGCUGUGAUACACUUCAGACCCACCCACUCCUCAUUUCUAACAGGGACUUUGAGACAGAAUCAGUUGUGGGCACUCGCAAUCAUGUGUGGUGCUCCUGGUGACUCCAUGACUAAGAAGCAUCAUGGCACAUUGGGCAUUUGGAAUCCCUGUUGAACAGGUAACCCAUAUAAUCACUUAGGCAGCUGGUCCCAGCCUUUGAUCCUCCAUUUGUUUUGGACUUUAGCUUCCAGAAGCCCCCGCCAAGUAGCCCAACAGUCAGGAAGUCUGGGAGCUGAUGUCCCACAUUAAUCUGGAAGACCAAAGGUUGGGAACCACUGACUUAAGGGAAGCACUGUUUUCUAGGUUGGCAAGGAAGCAGUAUGCAACCCUCCACCAUGACAGGGGAUGCUGAGGCCAGCUGGAGAAGCCAGAUCUUAAAAGUGCUAGGGUUAAGGCACUGCUUCUUGUGACUUCAAAACACUUUGCAGGUGGAGAGGAGUAGAUGGUCAUAGCAUGUGACGUCUUUAUAACAAGACAGAAAAUGCAGAGGUGGGUUUGUGAUGAGGGGGAAGGUUGAAGGAGUGAGAGAAUAAUUUAACUGAAUUUUAUAGGUAACUGACUGAGGAAUCUAGAAAGAGAACCACCAGCUUAGCUGUGUCCUUUCCCUCCACACCUACACUUGCUUAAUUUCUAUUUUGAUACCCUUCCAAGUGAAUUGUGUUUCUCUAGGUUCCUGUGUCAGGAGAGACCUUGUCAUCCUGAUGUUUGUGAUACUUUGGGCCCCUCUGCCGUCAUAAAACACAUGAAUUUUUUAAGCAAAACAGUAGCAUACAGUUGGAAUAACUUUUUUCUUUUAGAGGGGCUGCCUGCGGCCCCAUAAGUAUUUGAAACACCACAGGACUAUCUGUCCCAUUGCAAAAUGGUGUUUGGUAUCUUGUGGGUACAGUUUUGCAGCGAAGUAGUAACUCUUGAAGAAUGGCAUUGGAUGCAGUAGAAGUACUGAAGAUCUUCAUCCUGAUCCUCUUGAAUGGUGCAGUAUAGAACUUUGCAGCCUUAAUUACUGCUAAUUGGGGCAGUGAAAUAGGGUUCUUCCACUGGUUAUUUAAAAAGUGUAACGAGUUAUUUUCAAUUCUCUUUCCUCAAUGUAUUUAUUUCCAUAUUUGGAGGGCCUGAUUUGCACCAUAGGUGCACCUUCUUUCUGCGUUUCCAGUUCUCAGCAACCUGUUCAAUUCACCUAUAUCCCGUAGUGUGCUUUAUGCAAGGCAGGCUUUCUCAAAAUGGAAGGAAGAAAACUUUUGACUAAGCUACUCUAGGAUGGACAUUUCAUGAAGGGUUUGUAUAUUGCUCUUACACUCCUGCAUCUUUUUCUUUGCAUGAAACAGUUUUGGAGCUUCAACACAGUCACUGAAAAUGGCACAUUAGUAUACUGUAAAGCUAUGAAUCCUUUGGCCUGUGGGGCUUGACCUGUAUGUUAUGUUGGCUUGGGAAGGAGUACUCUGUGUAGCCUAGAUAUGUAGAUCGUCUUAAGCUUCAGGGGGAGAAAAUUAACCUCAAACAAUGUGAUGUGUUUGAUGCUGCAAAAAUUCAGUCCAGGGCAUGUCAGGAGAGCAAGGAGUGUGGCUGGCUGAGUCCCACAACUGCUAAGGUCCAGGAAUUGCCAGCAUGCUGGGCAAGAAGACCCAGAAGGAAUCACUAUCCUACCAAAGACAUCCAACUCUAUGCAGUGCUGGGCAUCAGUCGUGCCAGCAGACUGGUGCAUGGGCUCUUCCACCUGCGCAAGCAGCAGUGCAGAAGAUAUAGCUGCCAGAAGUUAAAAAGCACAACAAAUCACUACUCAUGUCUCCUAUGCAAGCAAGUACCAACAUGCAGGAAGUGUAGGACAUGUUUGGUUUUUCUGUUUUCCUUUUUUUAAGCGCUAGGUUAUGUGUUAACUGUCAAUUGGACUUCUUUGUUUUCUGGUUUCAUGAUGGUAGAAGCUUCACUUCAGAUGGAUAUUACAAGCAGGAAGGAAAUUGGAUCUUUUUAAAGGUGUAUUAUACCAAAAAAAAACUCCACCCACACUUGAGUUUUCCAUUGCAAGUUUGAAAUAGCUUGGUAAUUUUUUGUGUUUUGUUAUAUUUAUGUGCAAUUUUCCUUGUAUUCAGUGAAAAUAAGUUUUUAAAGAAACGUUUAUAAAAUUCUAUUUUCUGUGUUGAUGCAACAAUAAGUGACUAUCCUUUUCUUCUGGACAUGGGUCCCCAUUCUGCACUUAAGUGCUUGCAGUUGUAUCAGCCUUCUUAAACCUGGUCCUGUUUGACUUGAGAGAGAUGGGAGCUGCAAUCCAAUACAUCUGAACAAUAUCAGGUUGAAGAAGGGUGGAUUAUUUUUUUAAAAACAUCCCCUCAGAGUAUCAAGCAGCUGUGAAUAUUGUGAGAACCAGCCGUGUUCAAGCAGCUCGUUUUUCAUUCCGAGGUCCCAGCAACAAUUGAUCAGAAUUUCUUCCACUGGGGUAAUGGUUAUAAGUUUGUGCCCUUGAAUCUCUCCAAGUGUAGGAAGCAAUGAAAAGGUAUCACAUUUCUCUCUGUUGCAUACAGGGUCAUUUUAUCUCAUGUGUUAGGGAUUAUUUCUGCAACAAACAGUGGGCAAGUUACAUCUCUCCAGGUAUAAUAUUGGUCGAGUCAAGCACUCCACCACAGAAUGACUGGGGGAGGUAGACACUCAUUGCUUCCCUGUAAGGCUCUGGGAUUAUUGAAGUUCUUGCUGGAUCAGACCCUGUAACUUCGGUCUUAAAGAGAGUUUGCCCAUUUGGCAGAAGGCGGUCUGUUGCGUUUUCCCCUCUGAAUGGAUGGAGAGUAUCAGACUCCCUUUUUGUUGCUGCUUAUUCUAACAAGCAUUGUCUCGGGCACAGCAUCUGCACACACCUCUAACAAAGUUUAAUAAAAGUGUCUUAAGAAGACAUGUUGUUGCAAAACUGACCUCUCCUUUUAGUGGACUUGUGCAGGAGCUGUUCUUGACAGGCCUUUGCUGCAAAACAUUUAAGGGGACUUGUCAUGGCUGUUCAACAAUGACUGGUGCUAUUGUUUUUUAAAAAGAAAACAUUGUAAGGUUUUAUUGGUUAAUCUGUGUACGUUUAAUUAUGACAUAGAUCUUGCAGAUCUCCUGAAAACCCAUUUCCAGUGCACUCUACAUAGUCACUUUCCCCCUUUGGGCUGGCACUUGGCAGAAAUUCCAGAGGAUCAAGACUUCACUCUUGUUGUUUCUGCAGACUGUAAACCUGUAAUUAGUAGCAUAGUUAAAGGAUUUUAAAGAUAUUCUUUCCUGUAUUUGUAUGUCUGUAAAUACAUUCCAUAGUUUGCAAAGAUGAUUAUCAAGUAUAAACAUCAUAAUAUCAUGUAUUUUGCUUGUAUGCUGCCGGACAAUUUCUAGUGCACAUGAUAUUAUAAACUCCAAACCCAGGUGAUCCGAAAUAAAGGCUCAAGCUUUAAAACCUA